AGGGAACAGCACACAAAAUAGAAGCCAGGCAGCUUCCCUGCUCCAUAAGCCUGAUUCACUGGGUAGCGAAGAACCGAUGUAACUUUCCAAAGUUGUUAGGAUGGGCAACGCUUUCCGAACAGUCAUUGCUUUCUUCCCAUCAGAUGCCUGCCAGAAAUACAUCCUGGGAGACCUUGAAGAGAUGCCAAUUGAUAAAAUGUUGGAUCUGAGCAGCAGGCAGGUGAGGAGGUUCCCACUGCACAUUUGUUCUUUCAGGGAACUGGUCAAAUUGUACCUGAGCGACAACAAUCUGAAUCAUCUGCCCUCUGAGCUAGAACAGCUGCAGAACCUACAGAUCUUGGCACUGGAUUUCAACAAUUUCCAAACGCUUCCCCCAGUGGUGUGCACCUUGAAGCAGCUGUGUAUCCUUUACCUGGGCAACAACAGACUCGGAGACCUGCCUGUGGAGCUGCGCCAGCUGCAGAACCUGAAGACGCUCUGGAUUGAGUCCAACUGUUUGUAUCACCUGCCCAACGUGGUGUGCGAGUUGAAGCAACUCAAGACGCUGCACGCCGGCUCCAAUGCGCUGCACUCCCUCCCUGCGCAGCUGUGGUAUCUGAAGGACCUGCGCAGCAUCUGGCUCUCAGGCAACCUGCUGCCUGAAUUCCCCCCCGUGUUGCUUCACAUGCCAUUCCUGGAAAUUAUCGACGUCGACCGCAACAUCAUCACUUACUUCCCCAGUCUCGUGCACCUGAGCAGCUUGAAGCUGGUGAUCUAUGACCACAACCCCUGCAGAAACGCACCCAAGGUAGCCAAGGGGGUGCAUAGGGUUGGGAGGUGGUCUGAGGAAAGCCCCGAACCUAGGAAACGAUCUGGUAUGGAUAGGGACAAAGGAUCUGAGGACAUAGACUCCAUUCUCCCCCCUCCAGGCCAUCUCAGUCUAGCCGAGUGACAAAAAUUUCCACUAGAACUUGUAAGUUUGCCGCAGGAGCCUUCUCAGCCAGGGUGUUCAUCACCAGAUAAAGAUGAGAGUAUCUGGACUGUGUUUUCACAGGCUGUAUAAUCCAGUGUAAAGCUGCAUGUGUUUGAUUUCACUUGAUUUCUACGGUAUUGUGUGCAUGCCCAGCUUGGUAAUUUAAAUAUCUAGAAUUAGCAAGAUAAACUCUGAACUGUGACAGCCAGCUAACGUACCCCUUCUGAUACCUGCAGCUCUUCUACAGAAUUCAGAUGGAAUAAAACCUAGUACACAUUAUAAACAAAUCUUUGAGAAGGGGGAAAGGAAUCCAUUUAAAGAUAAAAAUGCAGGUGCCUUGCCUUCUGUAAAAUUAAAACCAAUGCUAUAGCACUAGCUCUGUGGUAUUAAAGAAAUUGUGUGUAUUUUGAAGGCACUUUGAAGAUAUUUCAUCCUGCAAAUGUAUCUAGUACAGCCAAACAGGGAAAAUCUUUGCAUUUAUCCUGGUUUUGUGUGUAAAUGAGAACUUUUAAGUUGGGGUUCACCAGUUACAAAUUGAACUACAUGGAGUCUAUCUGCAUUCCAGCUUGAGUGCUGCUCGGGGAAAUGUAGCGUGUAGGGUUAAGAGAGAUAGGACCCCUAGCGUAGUGUUCAACACCAUCAGUCUCUGGGGAAGCCAUGACUGAUAGAAAAGCAAUAUUUAUAGAUAUGCCAUUAGAAUAGUUUGUUUCCAUUUAACUAUUUAACUCGGUGUUAUCCAAUUAAUGAAGUACUGCAGACCCCAUUUUUCAAGUCAAGCUAAUGACCCUCCUACUUUUGAAAAUGUAGGUAUCUCUGUGGUACUUUUUGCUAUAUGAAUGGUACCACGGACCACCAAUUGGGAACCACCGCUUUAGCCUAUUGUACAUGCCUAACAAGUUAGAGGAACUAUGCAGUUAGUUGUUUUACCUUUUAAAUUAAAAGGCAUGCAAUAUGUUGGAUGUAAUCCUAAGUAAAGCUUUUUAUUAUUUCAUUGUGAA